CGCAGUCGGACCACUCGCAUCGCGCCGGCUUUGCCAGCUCGCCGAACAACUCGUCGUACUUCCGCGCCUCGGCCUCGCCCGCCGGCAGUGGACAGUCGCCGCCCGCCAGUGCCGGCUCGCCUCCUGCCUCUGCCCUUGCGCAGGCGCCCAUGACGAACUCGUCGACGCGCAACAGCACGAGCGGAGCGGGUGCCUUCUCCUUUGGCUCCCCUCCCUCUCACCCCGACACGGGCAGCCCGCACGGCUCCGAGACGCAGUCGCAGAGCGCCUCGGUGGGCCCGCCGCUCGUCAAGCGCGGCACCAGCUUCACCAUGAUGGACCUCGACGAGUCGCUGCGCGCGCUGUAUUUUGCGCCCAUGCCCCUCGUCGUGCUUGACAGCAACCGGCAGGUGCGCAUGUGCAACCGGCCCGCCGAGAUCGUCUUUGGCGUCAGUGCGCCGGCGUGCGUGGGCCAGCGCUUCGAGAAGUGGGUGGCCAAGAGCUCGAUUGUGCAGUACUCGCUGGCCUUGAACGAGGCGUCGCAGUCGUCAGUCGACAAGCAGUGGGCCAGUCCGACGACGACGCGCCUGGCGCUCCUGACCGGCGAGGAGCAGCGCCUGAUCCAGGCGGACCUGAGCGUCUCGGCCUGGUUCACGAGCGACCAGAUGUUUGACUCGAGCGACACGCACGCCAGCACGCCGCAGCCAAACGCCAUGCGCAGUCUCGAUCAGCCCGUGCCGCGCCGCUCGGGCUCGGGCAUUGGCAACAGCGGCAACAAUGUGCCGCUGCUGCACGAGGCCAUGUUCACGAUCGCCGUCACGCCAGUCCGCACCGCGCAACGCCGCAUGAACGCGGCCGAGAGCCACAUGAGCAAGACAGACCAGCUCAAGGACGCAGUGCUGCACAGUCUCGACACGGCCGUCAUGGCGCUGAGCUGCGACGGCACGGCCGUGGUGCGCAACCGUGCCUGCGACGAGGUGCUGUCGCUCUUCACCGUCGAGGCGCCCAAGCAGACGGCACUCGAGGCGCCUGCAGAGGGCGAGGAGCAGGAUCCGAACAACGCCAACACGUCCAUCGACCUGACGUGGCUCAGCAAGAACAUGAACUGCUACGACGAGCAUUUCCAGGGCCCCUUGGAUGAGAGCAAGUGGCCAAUCUACCGCUCUGCGGUGCUGGGUCAGCGCACCGAGCCAGUCUUCAUCGGCUGCGAGCACCCUGUCACGCGGGAGCGCACGGUGCUGGAGAUUAUCGGCAAGCCGAUGCGCGACUCGAGCGGCCUGGGCGAGCACAUUGGCGGCAUCAUCACGCUGAGAGAUGUCACCGACGAGCGCAAGAAGCGCACCGAGGACAUCCAGGAGCAGGGCGAUGCCUACUUCAAGCAGACGUGCGACGCCAUGCCGCAGCUGGUGUGGGUCACGACGCCGACGGGCUACCACGAAUGGUACUCCAAGUCGUGGUACGAGUACACGGGCGCCAAGGAGCACGAGACGCAGGGCGCCGGCUGGCAGAACAUCUUCCACCCCGAGGACAUGCCGGAGAGCAGCAAGCGCUGGAGCCACUCGCUGCGCACGGGCGACCUGUACGAGACGGCGUACCGUGCGCGGCGCCACGACGGCAUGUGGCGCUGGAUGCUGGGGCGCGCACAGCCGGUGCGCGACCAGAACACGGGCGAGAUCAAGAAGUGGUUCGGCACGUGCACCGACAUUCACGACCAAGUCGAGGCGCUGGCGGCCAGCCGACAGGCACAGGCGCAGCUCGAGAGCGUCAUCAACCAGGCCGCCAUGACGCUCUGGGCCGUCGACCGCGAGGGCGUCGUGACGCUGGCCGAGGGCCCUGGCGUGCGGCAGCUCAAGCUCAUGGCGCCCAGCACGCCGAUCGGCUCCGAAAAGGGCGAUGCGGCGCGCUCGGAGGACUUCCGCGAGCGCGCCAGCGAGGACGGCGGCCAGCACCACAGCGGCAGCAACUCGAACAGCAACAGCAGCGGCUCGCGCCCGCGGCACACGAUGAUUGGCCGCUCCAUCUACCACGUCUGGGACUCGUCGGACAUCCGCACGGCCAUCCAGCGCGCGCUCCACGGCGAGUCCGUCACCGAGGAGAUGGAGAUCGACGGGCGCUGGUUCCGCACGAGCUACAACCCGCUGCGCGCCUCUGACCCCGAUGGGCCUGCCAUGGCCAUCGCCGGCGAGAUCGAGGAGGAGGCGGCCGACGACUCGGAGAUCAUCGGCGUCGUCGGCGCGUCGAUGGACAUUACCGAGCGCAAGCGCGCCCAGAUCCGCAUGGAAGAGUCGCUCGUGGAAAAGUCGCGCGCGCUGGCUGCCGAGGGUGCCGCGCGCGAGGCGAGCCGGCUGAAGUCCGAGUUCCUCGCCAACAUGUCGCACGAGAUCCGCACGCCCAUCGCCGGUGUCAUUGGUCUCUCGGAGCUGCUGCUCGACGAGCGGCUGAGCCCGCAGCAGCGCGACUACGCCGAGACGAUCCAGCGCUCGGCCGAGGGUCUGCUGACGGUGAUCAACGACGUGCUGGACUUCAGCAAGGUCGAGAUUGGCAAGCUCGACGUCGAGCGCGCGCCGUUCAACCUCGAGGUGGUGCUGCGCGACCAGAAGCGCAUGCUCAGCUUCGCCACGCAGAAGAAGGGCCUCGAGUUCCGCGACUCGGUCGAGCUGCGCUACAAGGGCCUCUUGAUCGGCGAUGCGGGCCGUCUGCGGCAGGUCAUCACCAACAUCCUCACCAACGCCAUCAAGUUCACGUCGCGCGGCCACAUCUCGCUCGACGUGCUCGAGGUCAGCGAGGACGCCAACAGCCUGACGGUGCGCUUCGACGUGCGCGACACGGGCUGCGGCAUUGCGCCCGAGACGCUCUCAAGGCUCUUCCAGCCCUUCAGCCAGGCAGACCCGUCGACGGCGCGGCGCUUCGGCGGCACGGGCCUGGGCCUGAGCAUCUCCAAGAACCUCGUCGAGCUGAUGAGCGGCCAGAUCGGCCUCAACUCGGUCGAGGGCCAGGGCUCGCAUGCCUGGUUCAUCGUGCCGUUCGCCAAGGCCAAGCCCGACGAGAUCCGCGCGCAGGUCGAGACUACGCAGGAGCAGGCGGCCAUCGCGCCCAACGGCGGCAUGCCGGGCCUCGACCGCAACCCGCUCUCGCGCCCGCGCAAGGACAUCUGGAUCCUCAUUGCCGAGGACAACCUCGUCAACGCGCAGAUCGCCAGCAAGAACCUCAAGAAGAUGGGCUUCAGCUGCCGCACGGCCGAGAACGGCCUGCUGGCGCUCGACGAGCUGCACCGCAACACGUACGACGCCGUGCUCAUGGACUGCCAGAUGCCCGAGUGCGACGGCUACGAGGCCACGCGGCUGAUCCGCAACUCGAACAAUCCGGAGACACGCAUGCUGCCCGUCAUUGCCCUCACGGCAUCGGCGAUCAAGGGCGACCGCGAGCGCGCACUCGAGGCGGGCAUGGUCGACUACCUCGCCAAGCCCGUUAAGCGCGCCGCCCUCGAGGCGACGCUCUGCCGCUGGCUGUACGACCAGGACGCGCGGCAGUGCCUCUCGCGCUUCUGCGCGCCCGUGACGCCCGGCUGGGGUGCGCCGCCGCCGCCGGUCGCGGGCCCUUCAAGCAAUGCGCCGGCAGCCAGUGGUGGCGAGUCAUUGACGCCGUCGCUCGAAUCGCACACCACGCGCUCCGAGUACCCUUUCCCGGCCGAGGUGGCUAGCGCGUUCCCGACGGCCGUGGCACAGGCAUCAGUGGACAAUGCCAUGUCGCCGCACUCGCUGCCCAUGGCGCGCAAGGGCAGCGCUGGUUCGGCAGGCGGCCAUUCGGCGAAAAGCCACACGAGCAAGGCGAGCAUCGGCACGGCUUCCACUCGCACGCUUCUCGUCAACACGUCAGACGCGCUCGGCGCCGCAGCAGCACUGCUGGCGGCCCGGCGCUCAUCAGACGAGGCCUCGCCACUGCGAGUGCCGCCACGACCCUCGAUGAUGCCGCGCAGCAAGUCGCAUACACACGACAGCGGCAGCGGCAGUCGCUCCAGCCGCUCGCGCGCACAUGCGGCACCGUUGCUGCGCCGCUCGAGCCGUGAGCAAGGCGGCAUGGGCCGGGAUCUCGAGGGCGAGGUGCUCAAGGCGGCCGCUGGCCUCUCGAGCGAGCCGCGCCUCGGUGCAGCGAUGGAGGGCGAGGGCGACGUGAGCGUCGAGUCCGUUGCCUCGAGCGCUCACACCGCCGCCGGGCCUAUCGAAGAGGAGGGCCCCGACGACGAGACGCGAGAUGUAGACGGCGACUCGCCCAUGGUUACUACGUAAAGGAGAGCACAUGGAUCCGCAAUGCACUGUACGAUAGCUCCCGAC